UAUUUUCUAUUACAUCAAUUCUCAAUUCAACUUUCAAUUCAGUCCAAGCAUAUUAAGUGUAUGUUGUCAAUGAUCCGAGCUCUACUAACAUUAAUAAAUAUUUUGAAAUUGACUACGUAGGCAUCAUGGUUUCUAAAGUAUUAGUAGGAAUUUAUGUAAAUAUGGAAAAAUCAUUAAGAGCCGCAGGAGUAAUAGCCGGAGAUCUAUAUCUAGCUAGUCGAGACGAUUGGCCCAGUCCUCAGAUGAAUCGUGAUCAAAGAUGUCUUCCGCUUAGUGCAGAAGCUGAGCGAAAAUUGUUCUUUGAAAGUACCGACACCGGAUCGACGCUGAACCGGAAGUCUGGGCGGCAUAUGAAAUAUCCAUACACACUGUCAGCAAAAAUAGCGCAAUUUCCUUUGUUCUAUUAUAUGAAGAAUAAUAUCAUAUGGAUGUACUAUCCUCUUGGGAUUUUAACGGGGUUUUAUUUUUUCAUGAAAAUUCAUGUGAUUGUUAAUUCAGAUGAAAAUAAGCGUAGUUGGGCUGAAUCGCAAAGAAAGAUUGCAGAAAAAGAAGCCCACCAUUGAUUAAAUAUAGUUACAACUACAAGCUGAGUUUAUGACAGUAUAAUAACAAAAAAAACUUGUAGGUAUUUUAACAUUGUUUAGGAACUUUGGCAUAUUCAAUGUUUUUUGUUUGAUUGAUUGAAUUAUAUUUUAGUUUAAGUGUAAAAGUCCUGCUAAAAAGUAAAAUUUUCUGAAAACAUUAUCGUAAAUUUACAUCCACACUUAUAAAUAGUUAAUACAAAUUUUAAUAGAAUCCUCGCAACUAUGUGGUAACUAAA